GCGUUUUACUUAAUUUUUAUUGGAGCACUUAUCAUCGAUGACGUUAUGUCGUACAAUCCUUUGUUAACAUAUACCCUACGUUUUAAAAAAAUGGAAGUAUACCCUAACAUCACUGCUAAUUAUUAUACGGUCAAUCGAUACAAAGAAGGAGAACUUUUAAAUGCCGAAGUUACAAUCAAUUCAAAAGAACUGACUAACAAAGCAAUAACGGUAUUUUAUCGUUGUGACUCAGAUGGUAUUAACUGCGAAUACUUCCAAACGUGGGCAUUAACAGACAUUUGCAAUAAAUUAAAGCAGAAGAAUCAAUUAUGGUCCCGAUGGUACGGCUCGUUUGAUCCACCAAUGGUUUGUCCAUUAGAUAAAGGGACUUAUCGAAUAAAAAAUGCAACUGUUGAUAUUGGCGUAGCACUACUGUUGUAUCCUCAAGUAACCGAUUACCAAUGGAGAGUAGUUCAAAAGUUCUACUCUGAUGAUAUAUUUAUCGGUAGUUACAUGAUGGAACUUUAUUUUUUUGGCUACAGAAAAAAAAUGAAGUCCAUUUUAUAA